GCGAGAGGCGGCUCCUUCCGCCGGUGGCGGAGCGCGGGCGGUGGGAUAGUGCCGGGAGCUCCGGAGCGCCCCAGCCCCGUGCGAGCAAGACUGAACCGUGCCGGGGAGGAAGCGGACGCUCUAGCCCAUCCUGCUCCCUGUGCAACAGCCUCACCCUUGUCCCUCCCCUUCCCCCCCGCGUUUGUGAUUUUUCCCCCCCUCCCCACACCCCGCGCAGCGAGUUGAGUGUUUCUUUUGUUAAUUGACUCCCCAAGUGUUCCCAAUCCCUUCCCCGCGCAGCCCGGGCCGGCCGAGGACGUCUGCACGCCCAGAUCCGCUCCGCGAAGCAGCACAGAUCCGCGGGGCCGAGUGGGAUUUAAAUGUCACUCAAAGCAUCCCUAAAUCAGCUUUCCGCUCGUCUCCGGUUUCCCCCGAGGCAUUAAUUGGAUCCUACGCUGCGUUUGAAGAGCUUGGCUGCUUUACCCACGAAGGAAAUUUGCUCCAUCUCCAGCAGCAACCACUGCUCCUUUUGAUGUUGUGGUACGCCGUGCGCAUGCGCUUCACAUUAGAAUUACUGCACUGGCCAGAAUAAGUUGGAUCUCUUCUUCUCUUCACUGAAACCCUAAAUCAUACCAAAAACUAAAGGGAUGCUGAGAGUCCGGAAAAAGGGUUACUUCGGGAUUUGGUCAUUCCCUUUAAUAAUAGCCGUGGUGUGUGCACAGAGUGUCAAUGACCCUAGUAAUAUGUCACUGGUAAAAGAGACCGUGGAUAGGCUGCUGAAGGGCUAUGACAUUCGCCUGAGGCCAGAUUUUGGAGGUCCCCCGGUGGCUGUGGGCAUGAACAUAGACAUCGCCAGCAUAGACAUGGUCUCGGAAGUCAAUAUGGACUAUACCUUGACAAUGUACUUUCAGCAAGCGUGGAGGGAUAAAAGGCUGUCGUAUAAUGUAAUACCUUUAAACCUUACUCUGGACAACAGAGUAGCUGAUCAGCUGUGGGUUCCUGAUACUUAUUUUCUGAACGACAAGAAGUCAUUUGUACAUGGUGUCACCGUGAAGAAUAGAAUGAUCCGAUUACAUCCAGAUGGGACAGUCCUUUAUGGACUCAGAAUUACAACCACAGCUGCUUGUAUGAUGGACCUACGGAGAUAUCCGCUGGAUGAGCAGAACUGCACGCUAGAGAUUGAAAGCUAUGGCUAUACAACAGAUGACAUUGAAUUUUACUGGCGUGGGGGUGAUAAUGCAGUCACAGGAGUGACAAAGAUCGAACUGCCACAGUUCUCCAUUGUAGACUACAAGCUUAUCACCAAGAAUGUUGUUUUCUCUACAGGUGCCUACCCAAGGCUGUCUCUGAGCUUUAAACUUAAGAGAAACAUUGGUUACUUCAUUCUGCAGACCUACAUGCCGUCUAUUCUGAUCACUAUCCUGUCCUGGGUUUCCUUCUGGAUUAAUUAUGAUGCUUCAGCUGCAAGAGUUGCUUUAGGAAUCACAACUGUGCUCACAAUGACAACAAUUAACACCCAUCUUCGAGAGACUCUUCCCAAAAUUCCAUAUGUGAAAGCCAUUGACAUGUACCUUAUGGGGUGUUUUGUCUUCGUUUUCAUGGCUCUGCUGGAGUAUGCAUUGGUCAACUACAUCUUCUUUGGCAGGGGACCUCAGCGCCAAAAGAAAGCUGCAGAAAAAGCUGCCAGUGCCAACAAUGAGAAGUUGCGAAUGGAUGUCAAUAAGGACAGAAGAAUAAUUGGCACAUAUCAUUGUCCAGAAAUGUAUUCAACAAAGAUGGAUCCACAUGAAAAUAUUUUGUUGAGCACACUUGAAAUUAAAAAUGAGAUGGCUGCCUCCGAGGCGGUGAUGGGGCUUGGGGACCCUAGAAGCACUAUGCUGGCGUAUGAUACUUCAAGCAUCCAGUACCGGAAAGCUGGCUUACCCAGACACAGCUUUGGUCGCAAUGCCCUGGAGCGACAUGUGGCACAGAAGAAAAGUAGGCUACGGAGACGUGCAUCUCAGCUGAAAAUUACCAUCCCUGACUUGACUGAUGUAAAUGCCAUAGAUCGAUGGUCGCGCAUAUUCUUCCCUGUUGUUUUUUCCUUCUUCAAUAUUGUCUAUUGGCUUUACUAUGUGAACUAAGAAACAAAGCCACAAAGGAAGCAAGAACUGGAUUUCUCUUCAAAUCGGUUGUACAGCCAAAAGUGGGACUUAGAAAAAUUCUAUUCAGGACAAAAAGUUAUUUUAAAACACCUUAGUUGCUGGCCCACUCUAUGGUCUGUUUUUAUAAUGUUUUGGUUGUAUCUGCUAAAUCAUAAAUACAUGAAGUUGCAGUAUGGACAUAUUCCCUUAUCAAAAUAUAAGUGCAUUGUGAGUAUGAAAGCAAAUUGGAUUUUGACAAUCACUUCUGUGUCAUUGUCCCUCACUCUUGGGGUUUUUUUCAUUCUGUUUUUUUAUGACCAUUUGAGUUUAGAGAUAAAAAUUAUAGAGCAGCAUUUGAGAAACAAGUUCUGGUUUUGACAGAAGUACAUACCAUUCCCUGGGAAACUGCAUGUCCAAGUCAUGCAUCUACAUUUAAGAGAGUGUACUAAGUUGUUAUCAUGCUUACAAAACAUAUACACUUUACCUUUUAAAUGUGUAAACUUGAAAAGAAGUAGUGCCUGACAUCUUUCCAAGAUGAUGAUGGUCAGAGGUUUCCCAACCAUAUUCAGGUAUUUCCUGAUAUUUAUUGAAAGAACCAAACCUUUGACUGGUAAUAUUAGGGUUGGGUAUUUGCACAGAAGCUGAAGCAAAAAGCACUAGUUUUGCUGGGAUUUUUAAAGAGAGAACAUAUGCUCACAGUCACAACAGCUGCAGUUGUGAUCAGUAGAGGAAUGUAGCAAUGUUGUAAAAAUGCAUUAAGUCUGAACGGGUAGAUAUGCUGCUGGUUUGUGUUGGGGAAAGAAAUCAUUGGUCCAAAGUGCCAAAAUCAGUUCUCUAGGUGGCUGCAAUUGUGCCCUACUUUUCUAGGGUGAGGAGAGCUGGAGAGCAAUAUAAAAUACAGCACCAAGGAGAGGGAAUGCUGCAUAUAUGUAAAAGUCUAUGUGUGUGUAUACAUGCACACUCACAUAUAUGUACUGUGCAAAUGAACGUCGUUGGUUAUAGUACAUACCUUAGUCUGAAAUACAUGCAGUUGUGUGAUUUCUUUCAAGUUUGCAAUCUUUCCAGUGUUGUGCUUGCUGCUGUUGUUAUGCUUAACACCUUACGUCCAGUUUGAUUAAAGGUAUCAUACCUCUUUCAACAGUAAAGAUCCAAGCAUAUGUAUUUCAGUACAAGAAACUGUCGGGGUAUUUUCUCAGUCUGGAUUAGGCAGUACCAUUUCACUUUUUGUUUUCAUUAAUGCACUGGUUUAAAUGGGGGGGGGUGGGGGGGGGGGGAAGAUAGCCAUCACUUUAAGAGUUUAAUUACACUCUUGAAUGUUUCCUGCUGUAGGGUGAUUUCCAUUGAAAAAACUAGCAAAUUUCAGGUUUGCUUUAGAAAACUUUCUGAAAUAAAAGUGAGGAGUUUUUUUCACUCCAUAGAGCUUUACUUUUAUAGGCAAAAUAGAAUAGACAAAAAGUAGAAUUUUGUAGGUAAAGGAGAGUUUGUCAUUUACUCUAUUGUGGAACUUUUUUCUGUAAUGAAAGAAAAAAUCAUAAGAAAAGUUUAAAAAGAGUAAAAUUCUGAUGACUUUUUCCUAAGUCAGAUCCCCAGCAUUGUUUGACACAAAAUGAAGCAAAAGCCACAUCUGUUGUAUCUACACUACCUCUCAUCUGCAUAUCUCUACAAAUCUCUGAAAGAAACUAGAAUUCAAGUAUCUUCCAAAUAGUAAAGGAUUUUUUUCAGGCAGGUACUUUUUCCCCAUUGAAGUAUUCCUUUGGCAAUAUUUUAAGAUAGUUCUUAAGAAUAUUUUUCAUAAAAUAUUUUCUAUAAUUUUUUUUGUUCUUGCUUUAAAAGAGUAAUUUUUUUUCAAGUUUCUGUGGGUUUUUUUCCCUGUUUGACAGUGAAUGACAGUGAUAGGAGGAAACCAAUUCCAGGAACUAAUAGGCCAAUUUUCUGACUUUGUUUUGAGCAUAUCCUAUGCAUAUUUCUGCUUCAAAUGGAAGAGAAUAGUCUUGAGCCUGCAGUGGGAUUUGCUAGGCAUACACACUGCCUGUUGCUUUCAGAGAGUUGUGUGUAUGUUCAUGUACUGCCUCCAGGUUCAGACUCUGCCGUAUGUAGAGACAGGCUUUCAUCAUGUGAUUGACUUUUCAAGUCAAAAUGUUGCUUUCUAUUCACAUACUUAAUUUCUGACUGCAUUACAUGCAUAAUGCAAUAAGCUUUGUAGAUGCAUUUGGAAUUUCAACUGAUAGGUAUGAAUCAUGUUGGAUUUUUUUCCCACUUCUAAGAAAAGGAGCAACAUCAAAAUUCAGUAUUUCCCUUCAAAGUCUGUUCUUUAAAAGUGGUAUUACCAUAAAUAAAAACAGUCUUAUAGUAUUCUUCUGUACAAACUUUUACUUCACAAAUUGCUGCCAACUCCUUUUUUAUUUCACAGAAGCAUAGUGUGAAUACAGGGAGCUCACAGCCUGUUUGUGGAUGAUAGACAUCAAAUAUAAAACCUUAUGGAGAAUAUAUUAACUCUCGGGAUUGGUUUACUCCAUCAGCUAUUACGAAAACCACAGAGGCUGAAUCGUAGAACUGCACAUUCAUUUAUCUAAAGUUACAGUACAAGCCAUAAUACUCUCUGAUGUCACUAUUCAGAGAGUGAAAGAAAAUGUCUGGUUUCUGCUCAGGUGUCACUAGGAAAGAUAUAUUAUGUGUGGGGAAGGAGCACUUUUUGCUUUUACUAUGUCCUUCUGGCUAUUAAUGUGAUGUAUAAAAUUAGUGAAAGAGAAGGAUUCUAUCAUUUUGUACUAAGGCUUAACACUGUGAUAUAAAAAGAUGGUGAGAAAGACUGGUGAGGCACUGUCAAGGGAAAAGUAUAAUUCAAGCCCAAGGUGAGCACUUUCUCCUCUUCUGAGAUACUUGAGUGAAAGUGAGAAAUUAUGCCAACAUACAUGAGAUACUGGGUUUGCUAUAUGUGCUACCCUCCAGGUGAACUAGAAUAAAUUUAAUUUUACUUUAGAAUUGAUCGAAAAUGAAUAUUCUGGGUCUUUUAAUCAUGUUAAUUGUUGUUAGUUUCAAUAAGCAAAGUAUCAAAGUUAAUAAUAUAGGUAAACCUUGUAAUAUAAUUAUAGUUGCACAUUUUGUUGUUCUAUUAGACAUAAUAGCCAGCAAUUAAGGUGUUUUUCAUCUUUGUGAAAUUCAUGGGCAAAUUAUGACUAUAACAUGGCACAGUUUUAAUGAAAUCUUUGAGAUCAAUCUGUAAAUAUAUACUGUACAUGACUGCUAGUAACUAUGAUACACAUUUUCAGAACUGAAAAUUCAUGCAACAUUUUUCUGUGUUUGCAUAAGGAAUGUUAUGUUUCUAUCCUAUCGCAGUUUAAUGACUGGGAAGAAAGACUCAAGCAAUGACAUUGUCACCGUUUCUUUUCUCAUUCCCAGGGGAGGAAACCAGAGUCUUAGAUAACAGCAUGUCACAGAGUUCUUCAGAGAGUUUUUACAUUCAGAUAAAAAGGACGUAAAAUCUGUAAGGUACAAAAGCACAAUGCAUGGAGAAAAGGACUGGUGAUCUUACACCUGGGGGAAAUUUGUUUCAGAAAAAUAUGCAUUAAAAUUAAACCUCAGUUAAUUUUCACUAUAAUUAUUAGACUGUGUUCCAAUUCUAUACUAUAACACAGUACUAAACAUAAGUGAACGGAUCUUAAACAUUAUCAAACUAUAUGUGCAUAUGGACAUGUACCUAGAUGUCUAUAUGGACAUAUGCGUGUGUAUAUACACGUACUGAGUAUAUAUCUACGCACACAUUCAUAUGCUGAUGUGUUAAAGGAAUAAGCCAAUAGUAGUUUUGUUUCUACCAUCAAGCAGUGUAUGAAUAUAUUUUUGAGAAAAAAAAAGAUUAAUGUAUUUAAAAGAAACCAACUUACUAUACAGGGUAACUGGGCAUUUCUAUAUCAGCCAAUCAAUGCUUAUAAUUCGUAUGGAGCAUUGCACCAUUUGACAUGAUGAUAGUACUGUACCUCCUAGCAUCUGAAAUUAGACUACUCCUCACAUUGCUUGCCUAUUUCUUCUCUCUCUUUUUGUAACAGCAUUGUCCACUAGUAAGUUUUCAAAACCAACAAAUUCCUUAGGGAACCAAGAAAAAAAGGCAAAAAUAUUAACUAUUUCUAGAAAAUAAUCUAGGGUGGGAUGGCCAGGGUACAAUACAUCAGUAGUGAUCAUAACAUUUUGCUAUGUGUACAUAGAACAUACAAUGUGAGCAACCAUAACUUAAGCUGAACGUGUGUAAAUAUUAUCAGAUUUCUUAAACAUUUUUAACUUCUAAUUUGUACUUUAUGGUAAGGCAAAAAGCUAAUUCUACUUAUGGUUUAGGUUCAUGUGUCCUAAAAUUAUGUAAAUAAUUCAAUAAGCUGUAAAUGAGCAGUCAAUAGAUACAGUAAUUGUUUAGUGACAUUUUUUUACUAAGUACAAUAAUAGCAGUGCUCUAGCAGAGUAAUUUAAACACCCUUUUGCAUAAACAGAUUUGGAUUCCAGAUAUAAAAAAAGUACAGAAAGUACUGUAGUGUAAAAUAACCACUGCAGCCACUGCUAGCACAGUUGAAUUUCUUGUAUGGUUAAAAUGCUUGGGCAAUAGAAGGUUGUAACUUGGCACUCAGUACUCAGAUUAGCAUAUACAAACAGGGCCGGGUUUUCACUUACAAUGAGGCACCUUCAUGUUGCUCCAGUGAGUGGAGAGGUGAAGGAAUCCAAUGUAAGUGAGAAUUCAGCUGUUGGUGAUUUCAUUACAGAAAGCCUGCAUAUUGCGUCUGUCUGUUUCUGAAAUCUGUAUCUCUUACGGUAUCUAAUAGGAGACUUAUAUUUUUCUUUACAAAAAAAGAAAAAAAAGGAUGUUUGUCAUUAGAUAGCAUAGUCCCCCAAAGCCAAAGAAUCUUCACUCCAGAAAUUGUUUAAAAAGGAAAUCUAAUAAGUCACUGCUUAACACCAAAGGUAAAGCUUAAUAAAAUGCACUAGGAACUUUGUCGAAAUUUUUAGGAAGCAAAUGGAAUGUCGAUCAAAAAGACUGCCCUAUUCUACUUUGUAAAAAUAGUAAUAAAUACAAAUUAAUAUAAAAAUUGAAAUAGAUCAUCUCGACAAGAAUAUGCAACACUAACAUUUCAUAAGUAUAAAAUUUUCUUUGUAAGUGCUUUGAGAAAAAAUGAAACUUAACUGAUGAAAAAUCUCACCUCUACUUUCAUACUAAGGGUUGUAUUUUUUUAAUGUUUUUCAGACAUGAGGUCAUCUAUUCCAAUUUGAUAACAUUUUGUAUGUUUUCACUGUCAGUGUCAUUUGACAGAUACUCACCAGGCUGUAUUGUUCAUAGUCUGUCCUGUUACUUUCAGUUGAAGACAAAAAGAGCAUUUGAAACAUGAUUAAUUCUAACGAACCAAGUAUGAUUUGACUUCUAUCACGUUUUUAUUUGCAUGGGUGUUUAAAUGGUUCUGUUAGUACUGUCUUUGCACAGUUCUGAUUUAUCUUUUUUUACUUAGUACUAUUUACUUCAUAAUGUAGUAAUCAUCAGCCUUACUAAUGACCUUGUAGCCUUUCUUAUAUGCACAUAAUGCACAUUUUCCAAUGGCUAGAAAAUGCAAAAUACUAGUGGAUAUCAUUGCAUCAGAUCUUCAUGUCUUUCUCAAAAGGACUGCUAACCUCUGGGAUAUAUGAGGUAGUAAAAUGAUGAUUGUAAAUGAGUAGCACAUAAGAGAUAUUUUCUUGAAUUUAAAAUUAUUGCAGCCAGUUUCAGCAUGUAAAUAUAUAAUAAUGUUGGCUAGUGUGUAAUUCUUGAACUAAAAAAAUAUAAAUAAAGAAAACCGAAAAGAUG